GGGCGGACACGCUGACAGAGAUGGUAAGAAAAUGCCGGCUACAGUGCAGCAUAGCUUUCGCCAUCACAGAGAUGCUAUGCGGAACGGACGGCUACGCAGGCCUCAUAUGAAUGGAGGUAUGUUGACGAUGACGAAGCCUCGCCUUUCUGUUCCACGGCAACGCGCAUAAUUAUGGAUCAGCUAUUCUCAAAUACGACCUCUACGAUGUUCUCGGAAGACCUUCAGGGUGUCACGUUCAAGGCACCCCCGUCCCCACCGCUGCCGGAUUUCAAUAUUGGCCGACUGCUGGACAGGCAAGCACAGGAAUACCCGGAAAGAGUAGCGAUUGUGUCUCGAUGGCAGAACAGCCGUGUAAACUAUCAAGAGCUACACAAAGAUUGCCGGGAUAUUGCAAACAGCCUGCUACAUCAUGGCGUGCGUCCGGGUGACCAUGUGAUUGUCCUUGCGGGCAACACCCUCGAGUACGCUAAGCUGUUCUUCGCCACGGGUGCGAUAGGUGCCGUAUUCUCCAUCAUCAACCCGACAUUUACUACAGAGGAGGUAAUGUCUGCGGUGGAGCUUCUUGAGCCCACCGUUAUUUUCGUCGCCGACAGGAUCGGGUAUCGCAAGAAUAGUGGGCUUCUCGCAGAGCUCACGCAGCUCAAGGCGCAGAGUCCGCUCAUUGUCCGGUUGCCGGCUGUUACAGCGGUUGAGACUAUAGCUCAAGGGGUUGUUCCAUGGGAUGAAUUUCUCCAGCGUGGCUCAAGCCAUAGUCAAGAAGACGGCCUGCUGGCCCAGUAUUGGGCAAAAUCGGACCCGAAUGACACAUUUUGCGUGCAAUUUACGAGUGGAACCACUGGUCCGAGAAAGGCGGCGAUGUUAUCACACCGGAACCUGAUCAGCAACGCCUGGCUGGUGGGAAAUCGGCUCGGAUACACACCGGACGACUCUACCUGCUGCCUGGCGCCGCUAUUUCACUGUUUUGCACUGAUCUGUGGCAUCAUUGCACCUAUCAUGUAUGGCGGCGCAGCUGUGAUCCCGUCGGAUGUCUUCCUCGCAGGCGCGAGCCUUGAGGCGCUUUCGGAAGAGAGGUGCACGGUGAUCCACGGCGUGGCCACCAUGUUUCAAGCCUUGCUGGACCAUCCGGAUGCUGCGAAAUAUGCACCUAACUUUCGUCUGCGGACUGGCAUUGUGGCAGGUUCAACCCUCUCACGUAGUUGGAUCAAGCGUCUCGAUGAAGAGUUUGGGUUUACUGGACUUGCUUACGGUUACGGCAUGACGGAGUUGUCCUGCAUGGUAUUUUUGACGGACCCGUCACGGGUGUCACUGCUUGACGAUCACACUUCUGUGGGCACUCUGUUGCCGCACAGUUAUGCUCGGGUUGUCGACAGCGAAUUGAAUGUGCUCCCUGCCGGUGUCCCUGGCGAGCUGCUCAUUUUCGGAUACCUUGUCUUCAAAGGAUACUACAAGAACCAAGCGAAGACGGAUCAAGCUUUGGUCCGUGAUGCACAGGGUCGGGCUUGGUUGCGAACGGGCGAUCUUGUGUCUAUAAACGCAGCAGGUCGGUGCACUAUCAGGGGAAGAGUCAAGGAUAUGAUUAAACGAGGCGGAGAGAACAUCUUCCCAGCAGAUGUCGAGGCAGCUCUGGAGAAACAUCCUGGUAUUGCUGCGGCUGCUUGCAUUGGCAUUCCCGAUGAGUACUGGGGUGAAAUUGUGGGCGUGUUUGUCAAGCGUGAGUCUGGAAGCAAACUUGGCGAAAGAGAGCUCAAGCUUUGGCUCCGAAACAAGGUUGCUCCUCAUAAGAUGCCAGAACGGUUCUUUUGGCUCGGAGAUGGAGGUGGCAUCCCGGACGAGUUGCCUUUCAAUCACACAGGCAAGCUGAUGAAAGGUGAACUGCGUGACAUUGCCACGGCAUUGGCAAAGGAAAAGUGAUGUCUUGGCGGUGUAGAGCUUGAAAUAGAAUAUCAGUUAUUUGAUAAAUACAGUUUGUUAAUCCGAUCAU